CGGAAUCUGAUUCUGCGAUGUAUAAUCAACAAAGGGCGGAACUAAGACUUGUUCUAAAAGUAGGGUUUAAGGAGAGGACUGACGUGAAAAGUGGAUAGAUUUGCAGAGGGUACUUCGAUAUGUAAAUUGCGUACUUUAAAUGGCAAACGGAAGAAAUGCGAGUCAGGUAUUGGGGUGGUGAACCCACAGGGAUUUGGUGCAGAGUGUAUGAGCAUUGUAAUAGUCAAACGGGACGGGAAAUGGAGAUGACUUUCAAAGGUAGAUAUACCCAAUCGAAAUGAAAGAGGUAGACGUUGUGGUGGAAGAAACAGUUAACUUCAGUGAUACAGCGUUUUAUGUUGUGAUACGAAGGCAAUUACUUCGUUAUUCCCUUAUUAGAUUCUGUUUUCUGAGAAAUCCAGCAUGACGUUUUCAUUUAUAUAAACACUCGGGUCAGACCAGCAGAGGGAGGAAUAGGUUGGAGAGGCGGUGCGAUGCGUCAAGGGCGAGGCGAAGCGUAGCAACAUUUUCACCCAGAAGCGUGUUGUCAGUUCAACCACAGAAGCUGCAAUGAGCGGCAGAGUCGGCGACCUAAGUCCCAAGCAAGCGGAAACUCUCGCUAAGUUCCGAGAGAAUGUUCAAGAUAUCUUACCCAAUCUUCCUGUUCAGGAUGACCACUUCCUGCUGCGAUGGCUUAGAGCCAGGAGUUUCAACCUUCAGAAGGCAGAGCAUAUGGUUCGCAAGCAUGUAGAGUUCAGAAGACAAAUGAAAGUUGACACACUCACUAGCAGUUGGGAAUCUCCGGAGGUUAUCACUCGUUACUUUUCUGGAGGUAUGUGUGGCUAUGACAAAGAUGGCAGCCCUAUAUGGUAUGAUGUAAUUGGCCCUCUGGAUGCAAAAGGGUUGAUGCAUUCAGCUUCUAAACAGGAUUUUUUAAAAACAAAAAUUCGAGACUGUGAACGGCUGCGAGAAGAGUGUAUUAAACAAUCAAAAAAGCAUGGAAAGCAUAUUGAAACAAUCACAAUGAUCUAUGACUGUGAGAAUCUAGGAAUGAAGCAUUUAUGGAAACCUGCAGUUGAACUGUACGGAGAAGUGCUUACCAUGUUUGAGGACAAUUACCCUGAGGGAUUAAAGUCAUUGUUUAUUAUCAAAGCACCAAAAAUUUUCCCUGUGGCCUACAACCUUAUAAAGCAUUUUCUUAGUGAAGACACACGCAAGAAAAUCCAGGUUCUAGGUGGUAAUUGGAAGGAGGUCCUAUUACAAAAUAUUGAUGCAGAACAACUUCCGGUUUAUUAUGGUGGAACUCUUACAGAUCCAGAUGGCAAUCCUCGGUGUACAUCCAAGAUAAACGUUGGUGGUGAUGUACCAAAGUCAUAUUACAUCCUUGAGUCUAUUAAACAACAAUAUGACAACAUAGUCACAGUGAACAGAGGAUCUUCUUUUCAAUCUGAAUAUGAGAUUCUCUUCCCUGGCUGUGUUUUGAGGUGGCAAUUCAUGACUGAGAAUGCAGACAUUGGGUUUGGUGUAUAUCUGAAGACAAAGAUUGGAGAACGACAAAAGGCUGGAGAAAUGGUGGAAAUGGUUACCAACCAGCGAUACAAUAGUCACCUGGUCCCUGAGGAUGGAACACUCACCUGCGUGGAACCUGGAAUCUAUGUUUUAAGGUUUGACAAUACAUACAGCAUCAUCCAUUCCAAGAAGGUUAGCUACUCAGUGGAAGUGCUGCUGCCGGAUAAGGGGUCGGAAGCACAGAUGGAUGACCUUGGGAAGAAGACAAAAGAAAUGGAUGUCAAUGAAAAAUUGCAACAUCAUGAUUAAAGGAGUCU